AUGGCACAAACGGAAGAGCCCAGGGGCACUUCCAACGCCCAGGACAUUGAGAUGACUUUGCCAGCCGAUUACAAGCUGGCCAAGCACACUCCCGAUGCAGACGAGGCCAUGAAAGCCUUUGAAGAACUGCAAGGCGAAGCCAUUGAGCUCGACGAAGCUACCAACCGCCGUCUUGUGCGGACUAUUGACUGGCACAUCAUGCCGAUUAUGUGUCUUGUCUACGCGAUGAACUUCCUCGACAAAACUACCUUAUCUUAUGCCAGUAUCAUGGGUCUCAAAGAAGAUCUUCACUUGAUUGAUGACCAGUACCAGUGGCUUGGUAGUCUAUUCUACUUUGGAUACCUUGCUUGGGAGUAUCCAACCAACCGACUGCUGCAGCGUUUACCCUUGGGUAAAUACUCUGCCGCUUGUAUACUCAUUUGGGGCAUGAUUCUUUGCUGUUUUGCUGCCACAAAGGACUGGUCCGGCGCGAUUGCAAUUCGCUUUUUCUUGGGAGUUUUCGAAGCUGCCGUCACGCCGGGUUUUGCUCUGUUGACCUCACAGUGGUAUACACGAAAUGAACAAGGCAAACGCGUCAAUAUCUGGUACAGUUUUAAUGGCUGGGGUCAGAUCAUCGGCGGUCUUGUUGCUUACGGCAUCGCUGUCGGCACCAAAAAGCAUGGAUCACUCAUCGCGCCUUGGAAAAUUGUGUUCCUAUUCACAGGCUUGCUGACAAUCCUCUUGGGAUUCAUCUUCCUAUGGGUUGUUCCAGACAGUCAGCUCAAUGCACGCUGGCUGAAAAAGGAAGACCGAAUCCUUGCCAUUGCCCGCGUUCGUGUCAAUCAGCAAGGUAUUGGAAACAAGCACUUCAAAUUGUAUCAAGCUAAAGAGGCACUCACUGAUCCAAUGACGUGGGCUUUCUUCUUUUUCGCCGUGCUUGCGAACAUCCCCAACGGCGGAAUUACCAACUUCUUCAGUCAACUUAUCAAAAGUUUCGGCUACACUUCAGAGCAAAGUCUCCUAUAUGGAACACCUGCCGGCGCAGUUGAAGUCAUCGCUCUUGUACUAAAUGGCAUCAUCGGCGACAAGACUGGGCAACGUAUUCUGUCCAGUAUUGGAGGUCUACUCGCAGCCACACUAGGCGUGAUCCUCAUGGUCGCACUGCCACUCGACAACAACAUUGGUCGUUUGAUCGGGUACUAUAUGACACAGGCAUUCCCAACUGCAUUCGUGGCCCUCCUCUCAUUAAUCUCCUCAAACGUCGCCGGAUAUACCAAGAAGACCACCGUUGCUGCUUUGUACCUGAUUGGAUACUGUGCCGGCAACAUCAUCGGCCCACUGACCUUCCGUCCCCAAGAUGCACCCCGAUAUGUUUCAGCCGAAAUUGUUAUCAUCGUAUGCUGGGGAAUCUGCAUAUUUUUACUACUGGUGAUCUGGUGGUGGUAUAACAAGGAGAACCGACGUAAGGCCGAGAUCGUCUCGCGAGCAGACUACAUUCAUAUUGAAGGACAGGAAUGGCUUGAUCUCACAGACCGAGAGAACCAUGAUUUCAUUUAUACUCUUUAA